AUGGCCCCCAAAGUGCUUGUCGUUCUCACCUCGCAGGACAAGAUCCCUGCCAACGGUCACCCGACCGGAUGGUUCCUGCCCGAAUUCGCCCACCCCUGGGACGAGCUGCAGGGCAAGGUGGACAUGGUGAUCGCCUCCCCCAACGGCGGCGAGGCCCCUCUGGACCCCGGCUCCGUCAAGAUGUUCGAGAACGACCCCGUCUCGACCAAGUUCCUGAAGGAGCAGGAGUCGCUGUGGAAGAAGACCGAGAAGCUGUCCGACUUUAAGGACCGCGUCGGCGAGUUCGACGCCAUUUUCUACGUCGGAGGUCACGGCCGUAAGCAUUCCCCCUUUCUUGUAUACCAAUUCAGUCACCGUCCCACCAUGCCGAGCUGUCCAUGA